UCAAUUAAAAGAAAAAGAAUGAAAAAAAUGGGCGUGGACUGUUUGGUCUUUCUAUUUUGAAUCACGAGCUUUGUGCCUCGCGGUGUUUGGGCGCGUAGAACAAAACGGCCUCAGAUUUUCAUUUUCCCAAAAUACCCUAACCAAAAUAAAUAUUCCCUGCUCAGCUCCCAACGACUCCUCCAGACUUCUUGAAUUCCGUUACUUCUAACCGCCAAAACCUCCACGCUUUCUCCUCCUCCUCCCCGAAAUCCACGCCUUCCUAUAUAUACUCACCUCUCCCUCACUCAUACCCAAACCCACAUUUUCUCUCUCUAGCUCUGUACGGACACACAGUCUUCCCCUACUGCUACUCUCUCUCUCUCUCUAGAUUCGCUGUGACUCUUGGAGGUAACUCUCUCUCUCUCUCUCUGAGUUUCUUGCUGCAGAAAAUAGUUCUGCAUUUCGAUUCUGUUCUUGAUUUUCAGGUUUCUGAUCGAUUUUUCUUGGUAGAGAAUGUCGAAACCGCUCGGAGAAUACCUCAAGGAAGAAAAGGAAGCAGAGGAGGCGGCCGCUCGGCCUCCGCCUUCUGCUCAUGCGACGUCGCCGGAGAUAGACUCGCCGGGAUCGGAUCCAUCGAUGAAACUUUCGGAUUUCACUGCUGAUGACGACUCGGUGUCUUUCGGGCUUCAGCGGCUCAAGGAGAUUGCUGAAGCAGCCGAGAAGAAGAAGAAGGCGGAGAAGAAUAAGAAGAAGAAGGAGAAGAAGAAGAUGAAGAAGCUGCAGGCGGAGAAAGAUGUCGGCUCUUCCAAGACUGAAGGUGCGACUCCGAGUGAUGAGGAUGACUCGACGAAAUCGGAAGAAGGUUCUGGAACCUGUGAGAAGAGCGAGAGUGCCGAAUUGGCCAAGAAAGAUCCAUUGUCGCCGGAGAAGUGUACGGGAACGUCCGCGACGCCGCCGUCUACAGGGAAGGCAAAGAAGUCGGUGAAACUGAAACUGCAGAGGCCCGACGAAGCUCCGAAGCAGACGACGUCGCUGCUGAUGUCGUAUCAAAGUAUGAGGAGUCCUGAGUUGAGUGCACUCAUCGUGGAAUCUUCGAAGGAAUCUUCGGCGGCUAUGGUGGAGGAGGCCUGGGAGAGACUCAAGAAGUCUUACGUUUACUACAGAGGCAAGCCGGUGGGGACUCUUGCUGCUAUGGAUCCAACGGCCGAGGCUCUAAACUACAAUCAGGUAUUUGUGAGAGAUUUUGUUCCUACUGGUUUGGCCUGCCUCAUGAAGAAUCCAGCAGAGCCAGAGAUAGUAAAGAACUUUCUCCUAAAGACCCUCCACCUCCAAGGUCGAGAGAAAAUGGUUGAUAACUUUACACUUGGAGAAGGUGUUCUUCCUGCGAGCUUUAAGGUUUCAAAUGAUUCAGAUCGUGCCAAGGAAACUAUAGUUGCAGAUUUUGGUGGUAGCGCAAUUGGAAGAGUUGCUCCGGUUGAUUCUGGAUUCUGGUGGAUCAUAUUGCUGUGGUCAUAUAACAGAUGCACUCGUGAUCAUGCGCUGGUGGAGCUCCCUGCGGUGCAAAAUGGAAUGAAACUGAUACUCAACCUCUGCCUUUCAGAUGGCUUUGACACAUUUCCAACACUUCUUUGUGCAGAUGGCUGCAGUAUGAUUGACAGGAGGAUGGGCAUAUAUGGUUAUCCAAUUGAGAUCCAAGCACUUUUCUACUUUGCAUUGAGAUGUGCAAUGCAGCUGUUGAAGCCGGAGCGUGGUGGUAAGGAAUUUCUUGAGAGGAUAGAUAAGCGCAUUAUAGCUCUCAGCUUUCACAUCCAGAAGUACUACUGGCUUGACUUUACUCAUCUCAAUAACAUAUACCGCUACAAAACGGAGGAGUAUUCCCAUACAGCUGUCAACAAGUUCAAUGUGAUGCCAGAGUCCAUCCCUGAUUGGGUUUUUGAUUUCAUGCCAUUGCGAGGAGGGUAUUUGAUUGGCAAUGUAAGCCCAGCUCGCAUGGAUUUCCGGUGGUUCUUAGUUGGGAACUGCAUUGCAAUUCUCAGCUGUUUAGCCACACCUGAUCAAGCUAUAGCCAUAAUGGAUCUGAUUGAGGAGCGUUGGGAGGAUUUGAUCGGUGAGAUGCCUCUGAAAAUUGCAUAUCCAGCAUUGGAGGGACAUGAGUGGAGGACAAUCACAGGAUAUGACCCCAAAAAUACACGAUGGAGCUACCACAAUGGCGGUUCCUGGCCAACACUGCUGUGGCUGCUGGCUGCGGCAAGCAUCAAGACUGGGAGGCCUCAGAUUGCAAAGAGGGCAAUAGAGCUGGCAGAGCAGCGGCUCUCCAAAGACGGGUGGCCUGAGUACUAUGAUGGUAAGACAGGGAGAUACAUUGGGAAGCAAGCGAGGAGGUACCAGACAUGGAGCAUCUCUGGCUAUUUGAUUGCUAAGAAGAUGAUAGAGAAUCCAUCCAAUCUUCUAUUGGUUUCUCUCGAGGAGGACAAGAAAAUUGCCAAGCCAAGGCUCGCCCGUUCUGCUACUGUUUAAUUGGAACCACAGUGGCAGUAUAUACACACUACACAUAACAGAUGACAGUGAGGAGUUUGGUGCAUUGAGAGAGGUAUAUACUUGAGGCAUGCUAUAAUCAUCAUGGCUUAUAAGGCUUCACUAUAAGCUGUGUUGCAAUUUGUUUUCCGAUUUCCCCUGAAUGGUGGUGGAAACAAUUUUGAUUACUCAUUGAGAAACAGUUUUGUGAUUCAUUACAAUUCAAUUGGA